UCACUCUUUGCUGUGACACUAUGGCAAUGAAGUUGAUUUGCGGUUGCCUUCUGGCGGUUGCUCUGUUGGGCUGCCUGGCUGAUGCUCAAUAUACAUAUUCUAGCAAGCCUCAAGAGCCUCAGCAGCCUUACAGGCCCCAGGAGCCUCAGCAGCCUUACAGGCCCCAGGAGCCUCAGCAGCCUUACAGGCCCCAGGAGCCUCAGCAGCCUUACAGGCCCCAGGAGCCUCAGCAACCUUCCAAGCCACAGGUGUCUCACACAUCCAAACAGCCUCAGGUACCCACAGAAGUAUUUCACACUUGUGAAGUACCAGAUAACUACAGGAUACAGUGCGGGGCUCCUGGCAUCUCACCUGCAGACUGUGAAGCUAUAAACUGCUGCUAUGACGGACGCAUGUGCUAUUAUGGCAAAUCUGUAACUCUUCAGUGCACCAAGGACGCCCAAAUGAUUGUGGUGGUUGCCAGGGAUGCCACCCUACCUAACCUUGACCUGGAGAGCAUUUCCUUCCUCGAAAAACAUCCACACUGCGAUCCUGUUGGCACCACUUCAGCUUUUGCCAUCUACCAGUUCCCUCUCACUACCUGCGGCACAGUAAUGAUGGAGGAACCUGGUGUUAUAAUCUAUGAAAACAGGAUGGCCUCCUCAUAUGAAGUUGCUAUGGGACCCUGGGGAUACAUUACCAGGGACAGCAGCUAUGAGCUGCUCGUCCAGUGUAGAUAUAUUGGCACCUCAAUUGAGGCUCUGGUCAUUGAGGUUGGCCUGGUUCCUCCGCCACCCCCAGUCGCAGCUCCUGGACCCCUGCGUGUGGAGCUCAGGCUGGCCAAUGGAGAGUGUAAUUCCAAGGGUUGUGUGGAAGAGGACGUCGCCUACAACUCCUUCUACGUUGAUGCCGACUACCCCGUCACAAAAGUGCUCAGGGAUCCUGUGUACGUUGAGGUCCGAAUGCUGGAGAGGGCUGAUCCCAACCUCGUCUUGACUCUUGGAAGAUGCUGGGCAACUUCUAACCCCUACCCUCACAGUGUUCCUCAGUGGGACUUGUUGAUUAAUGGCUGUCCCUACAAGGAUGACCGUUACCGGACCCAAUUGGUCCCUGUGGGGGCCUCGUCAGGACUCCUGUACCCAACCCACCACAGCCGUUUUAUUUUCAAGAUGUUCACGUUUGUAGGCGCUGCACCUGCCAAUCCUGGUGGCAAGGGAGGCAAGACUUCAGAGGUUAUGGAUCCUCUCAGGGAAAAGAUCUAUAUUCACUGUGACGCAACUGUGUGCCAGUCCACUCUUGGAAAUGAUUGUCAACCUAGGUGCUUCAGAAAGAGGAGAGACAUUGCUGCUUCCAGUAGGGGAGACCACAGGGCUGAGACCACUUUGGUAAGCAGUCAGAUGAUCGUCGUCACUCAGGGAUGAACCAGGCUCUGCUUGUAACAACAUCGAGAUGGAACCCUCUUAUUAUGACAUCUCUGUUCCAGAUGUUUACUGAAAAGUGACUGAGUUUCAAAUAAAUCUUCAAGUUGCUGAAUGUG